GUGAUCGGACCGAGGUCGAGAUCGAAGCCGAGGCCGAGGUCAAAGGUCAAGUGGGCGCGUCCGGACCCGUGCAGGCAGCAGACGACAGCAUCAUGGCGGACCACAGGACGGACGCGAGGGAGGAAUCCGAGAUGGCAGUCACGGUGGCCACCCCAGACCCCAAGAACGUUCAGGAACUGACGCAAUAUGUCACGGUGCUCCUGCAACAGAUGCAAGAGAGAUUCCAGACCAUGUCGGACCAAAUCAUUACGAGAAUAGAUGAGAUGGGGACACGUAUUGACGACCUCGAGAGGAACAUUGCUGAUCUCAUGACCCAAGCUGGCCCAGAGGAGCCGGACAAGUGAACCGACGCCGAGAUUUAGCAGACAUCACUUUUCGGUUAAUGGAAGAGAGAGCAAGAGAGCCAUACUUUACUUUGCACUUGCCACUACAUUGUGGAGGUUUAGAUAGGCUCGUUUUUAUUAUGUAUAUGGGAAAUGAAAAAAGGAAGAGGAAAAAAUAUAUUAAUGGGAAUUUUUCUUGGACCAAUUAGUAUACGAAAAGGAUUUCAGAAGUAACAUUCUAUUUUAAAACACACGGUGAAAAGUCUGCAUGCAUAACUUAAAAAUAAAGCAUGUUCACUCACAUGAUUAGCAGUGUUACCAACAAUGUAUGGAUUGUAACAUUAUAACAGAAUUAUGAACUUUGACUUUGUACUAGAAUAAUGAAGUGUAACAUUAUAAUGAACUUGAAAUAGAUGUGCAAUAACACUGCCAUUACUAUUGUUUAUAAGGUAUAUAUAUGUGUAUAUAUAUAUAUAUCCAGAAGAUAGUUUCUUAUACAAUGAUUUUAAUAUUCAUACAGCGCUGUAGACCAGACAGAGAGACAGCCAGUCUUGUAGAUGGAAACAUGCAUUGUGGAAUCAGAAUAUUUUUAUUGACUAAUUUUUCAGAUUGAGUGAGUGAGAAAAAUGAUUUUCCUAUGGUUAAGCCAUUGAUUCUGCUUGGUGUGGAAAAUUGAUUUAAUGUUAUAAAUAGAUAAAAUGGUUUUGAGAGUAGGCUUUGAUACAUGGUGUUAUAAAAAAAAAAAAUUGAGAUACAUCAGUAGGCUUAAAUGUCUCAGGGUUGGUUAUUGUUGCUAGAUGUUGGCAAAAAUCAAGUGUUCUUUUGGCAUUUUAGACUGGCUAAUAACUGUUGGAUGAGUCGAUAACUUCAUGAUAGUAAAAAUGACUGAUAAUGAGAUUAAUAACUGUGCACAAAUAUACUUAUAGUUAAGGAGAGGAGAUAGUCUAAAAAGACAGAUAGGAUCAGCUAUACAUUCCCAGCUGUUUCUCUCGGUGACAUGUCAUAGUUUACGUUUUGUAAAUUAUUUGUUCCAGGGAUAUAUCACGUCUUGUAAAUGGCAACAUCAAGGUCGAAGAUGCAUGAAACCUAUUCUUUAUUGCUUUAGUAAUUUAAUGUGUUUGGGGAAGUUUGAUACACCAUUCUUGUGCAUCCUCUCUAUUUGAAAUUACAGACAGUGUUUACUUUUGAUAUUUAGAUUAAGUUAAAAAAUGGGAGAAGCAGAAACUAGUGUUCUUACUCUGGUCCAAAGAGCUCCUAGAAGAGCACUGUUCAUUCAGCAGUCAUUCUUUUAAUGACCUGAAGGAGUGUUCUUAAAGCACUGGUAAUUUUGUAGUUAUUUCAAUAAAUAUAAUAUAACCUUGUAA